AAAAAAAACGUCUAAAAUCGAAUUUUGAAAGUGAAAUUUUCAAAUACUUUUAUAACUGUUAAAAAUCUUUAAGUAAUAAACUACAUCCAAUUUUAUAUACAUUUUGCCAUCAGACAUUGAGAAUUAAGGUCAUUGUGCUUUAUGGAUUUGUUUUGUUUUUAUUUUUCUCUCUUUUACAUUUAAAUGAACAAUAAGAAAAACACGAAAUUAUAAAUUUGACGACUUCUACUGCUACAUUCGAAAACUUUUGGCUGAGUUUUUUGUGAAAACAAAAAAAAGUACAAAAUUAACAACAACAAGAAACACACACGUAACAAAAUAUUUCAUAUUAAAUCCAAAACAUUACGUUUCCGCCGGAUAUACAAAUACUGUUUUUGGGGAAGAAGAAACAAAACACACACUUACGCGCACCACUGAAACACACACAAGAUAAAAUUCAAAAUUUGUUGUCGUAUUAUUUUCAAUACAACAAGUGCACACUGCCAAAAAUAAUAAAAAUAAACUACGAAUAAAAUUAACAAAAAUAAAAAAAAAACAAAAACUAAAAACGUUAUGAUUAUUAUGGUCAUGUUGUAUGUGUGAAAUAAAAUUAAAAAUUAUUCUCUUGUGUAAAAGUUCAACAUCAUCAUCAUCAUAAUCGAUCGUCAUCUAAAGGUUGUUGGCCAUUUAAGGAAGUGUAGUACGAGUACAGCGUAGCAGCAGUUUGUUUACAUUGAACAUUCAAAACUUACAAGUCCAAAAAGGCCAACAAAAAAAGCUAGAAACAACAAUUUUGCUUGUUCACAAAAUCUAUAGAAUAUUCCAAUAUACAUCAUGUCUGUGGAUAAUCCCUACUAUUUCUACAAUGAUCCCAAAUCACCCCGAACUCCCGAUUCACAAACAUCCAACAAGGGUUUCUCCAUCUUCAAAAGACGUAAUUCCAAAGGCAGUAGUCCGCGUCUGCCCAUGCCAGAACAAACACGUUUAAUAACCUCGGCCAAUCUAGAUACAGCAGCCUCAUUAACCCUAGGCAGUCCUAGGGCCAGCUUUGGUUUUGCACAUCAAUCUUUUGAACUGCAACCAUUGAUGUCGCAACAACACCAACAACAACAACAGCAGCAGCACCAACAGUCGUCGGCACAUUUACAAACACAAAUCACUGCUUCGUUACACCAAAGACGUCAACGUUCCUCUAACUCACAUUCGGAAACAAUUCGCGAUCGUUUAGGUUCCUGCAAUGAAACAUCAAAUCACAACUUCGAACAUGAUGAUGUUUUCAACACAGCAUCAUCGCCUAGCAAAAUUCAUCAUCACCAACAGCAUCAUACAUUGCCCUCAGCGGGCGUAAGACGUCAUUCAUUUGGCAAUUGGCGUCAGGCAAGUGAACGCCAUGGUUCUCAUAAGAACAGUGCAACCACUUUAACUGCCAACGACGAAGUGCCACAAAUGAUGGCACCACGACCACCAGUAUUAUCACCCAAUAAAUAUAGAGGUGCCCACAGACGAAGAGACAACUGUGGCACCAUGAGCAACAGCAUGACCAGCUCUACAGGUUCUUACAACAUGGAUGAUAUUUUAAUAGUGACAGCCAAACACAGUGAAAGAGCAAUUUUAAGAGCAAAUUUUCUAAAGAAUCAUUUCGACAAAAUCACCAAGCAACGUGGACGCAAACCUUUCAACUUUUUGCACAUUAAAAUCGAAGAUGGUCCUUUCAGUGAUGAGAUCGCUUAUAAAUAUCAAAACACUGCCUUGCAAAUUAUCAUUUUAUGUCCCGCUCUUUUGGCUUUGUCACACUCUCUUCUGAUGUCCCAACUCUUGAGUAUAGUGAGAGUUGAAAAGGUUUUGGGCAUUUUGCUAGAUGUUACCGAGGAAAAGGUCAAAGAAAUUCAUAAAAGUGCUCUUCCGAAUUACUUAAGAUGGCGCCGUUGUGUUAUACGCGACAAUGAUCAGGCUCAGAUUAGUAAUAUUUUGGGCAUCGCCACGGAUAUUUUGGGUCGUGCUUUGUGUCAACGUCCCGUUUGUCAUGAUUCUGGUUCGGGUAUUUCUCGCAGUAUCUCCUCGUGUUCGGAUGGUUUUACCAUUUUGCCCAAGAAAGUGAAAAUCGGCCAGAACAAGGUGGUGGCCAUGUUAAAUGAUCCCUUGGAGAAAGAUGACGUUUUAAAGAUUGUUGUAGAAAAGUCCGGGGAAUUGAUAGAGAUAAGAAAUUUCAAAUGUCGCAAUCCCUAUACUGUGCAGUUUGCUAUACCAGAAUCCUGCAUGGAAAUUUCCACCAUGGUCGAAAUACGCUUGGAAAAGAAUCACAAAUCUUUGGGUGCCCGGCCCAUCAAAUGUGAAUCACGACUACGCGAAUUGGAGCAACUAUUGCGCUCCGAAGAUUCGCCCAUUGAGUUCAUGUGUCAUGCCUUGGGUAUUGGACCCACAGAAAAGGAAGAUUUAGAUGUGCAUUUGCUGCAGUGUUUCCAAAAGAAUAUGCCACCCAAUUUUCAUCUGCUCAAUGGCCCCUACGAACAGAAACAAAAUCAAUUCUUAAGCCUCCGAGAGUCCAGCCCCGAAGAGUAUCCCACAUUGUUGCAUUUCGCUGCCAGAUGGGGCCUAAAUCGUUUGUGCAUGCAAUUGAUGGAGUGUCCGGGAGGCGAUACAGCCUGUGGCAUACGUAAUUGUGCCGGCAAGACACCUGGCGAAUUAGCCGACAUGGAGGGUCAUCACAAGUUGUCGCGCAACAUAAUGAGUUUUUCAGAAUUCCAUGAACUCACCACCAUGUAUCAUUAUUUCAAGGGUAUAAGUGGUGAUUCCAAGAAUAAUCAUAAUACCAGCGGCAGUGGUAAAACCACAGCCACCAAAGUUGUUAUAGAAGCGGUUAAAUCACAUCCCACCUCACCCAAGCUAAAGCAACCCAAAUCUCCAAAAUCUCCCAAAAAUCGUCAGAUGAGUGAGGACCAACAGCAGGCCGAAUACAUGGAAAUGUCCAGCGGUUCGGAUCGUGAGAAUUCGCCCGAAAACAAAGGCAAAUGCGAAACCAUGGCCGUGUCCAAUUUGAACUACAUAAGUGUGGAGACUGAAGAGGAAAAUUUACAAGGUUCCUCAGCUGAUGUUUGUAAGAAUUUCGACAGCAAUAAGGUUAUAACCACCGGUGAGAUUACCAGCAAUGAAUUGAGAAUUAGUGAACCACCCUAUUAUGCCUCCAAAGAACAAAAUAAGGCCAGCAAAGAUGUCACAGAUGCACCACCCAUCUAUCAGACGGAUAAGUUUAGCCAGGAGUGUUCACAAGUAUUGGAGAAUUGCACUAGCGCCGCAGCGAAUAAUGAUUAUGUUAUGCAGCCUUCCAAUGUGCCGGCACCUGCUCCACAACCACUGCCCAAGCAACACGCACAACCUUUAUCACCCACCAACACCGAUGAUGGCAAUUAUUUAUUCCAACCCUCCAAUCGCCCCGUAGAAGAGGAACAUUUACAUCAAUCAAGACAUAGUCUAAAUCGCAUGGGUUCUACGCAACGCCUGGCCCACCAGCCCACCUAUGGCACCUUGAAACGUUCGGCCUCGGAUGCUUCUAGCUCGGCCCGAUCCAAUGUGGACGAUGAAUUGGCCGAAAUUAUGCAUGAUUUCAAAAACAAUGUUCUGUCUAUACGCGAAGUUGAGGUUUUGGUGGAGAAAUGGAAGCAUCGCAAUGAUGUGCAACAGAGUUUCCGAGAGAAACAGGAACAAAUCGAUCAGUUGAGAAAAGAAUAUGAGCGUAUACAAGAUCAGGUUCGAACCCAUCUAAAGCGAGAUACUCCCUUCGAUAAAUUCAAGAAAUUGUUCUCCAGACAUAAAUCCACUUCCAAUUUACAUCAUGACAAAUCGUCAUGUGCGGAUAGUGCUCUGGAUGAAACCAAAUCAUCUAUAACCACCUCCUCUAGCUUUAAAUCAUCCGCCAGACCUAUUAGCUCUUUGAGUUUACAAUCUGUGUCAUCAUCAUCUUCUUCGGGACGUUUAAGCACGGGUAGCAAUUGCAGUGGCACUUCGUUGGGAGACUCUGGCACACAUUCUGAUCAUGAGGAGAGACGUUUUGGCUGUCGUUUGGGUUCACCCGGCUCGUUAAUGGACAAUUAUUUGGUGCCUCCUCCACCUAGACCCAUUUUCACACCUAAUUCCACUCCUGGCGAUGAAAGACAUCAAAUUACGUUCCCCUCACCCAUGUCUUCAUGUACAAGACUCAAUACUCCCACUAGUCCCACCGGCUCCGAACACUAUCAAAUGUUCCCCUCUAACAUACCCGUAUAUACCAGUCAAAAUUUAUCCUCCUCCACCAGCAACAAUUAUUUGAACACCAUUAUGGAAGCCAAACAGGAACAGGAGCACAACUAUCAAAAUGGCGUUACCCUGCAGACAAUAAAACUGAACGAAAGAUCCAAUAUAAUCUAUGGAAAACUUACAAAAGCCACACCCAAUUGUUCAUCUUUCAAACCCAAGCAGCCAACGUUAACGGUGGGGCAACCACAAGUAGCUGGUGUAGAGACCCAGGCUGAGGUUUAUCAAAAUGUGGGCAGCAACUUGGAGGCAGCAGCAGUUAAAUUGGAUGAAUCCAAACAGCAAGAGGAGAAAAGAGAAGAACUGGAACAGGCAGCAGGAGGAGAUGAUCACAACUAUAUGAAUUGUUAGGACAGAGGCAGAGGCAAAUAAAAGCGAUUUUCUCAGCUGUUAUAGAUUCUUAAAUAAAUUGGUUGACAUUAGGUGACUAGCCCCAAAGAGAGAUUGGCAGUUACAAUUGACAAGAGUUAAACUUGCUAUAAAAAAAUUAUUUGUGUUUAUUCCGAUACAUAUAAAACCGAAUUUCUCAUUUAUUUAGAAACUAAUUAUACAUAAAAAGGUUAUAACAGAUUUAUAACAAAGAUUGUUUGUUUAUUUUUAUAAAUUAAGUUUUUAUUUAAAAUAUUAAUAUUUGUAAAGAAUUUCUGGGACUAAUCAAACACAACUCUAAAAGAGUUUUUUUUUUAGUUUGACCAAAUAAAAUAUAGUUUUUUAAUGGAAAAA